CGUGGCGCGAGUUUGGGUACGAUCAGACAGUACACCUCGGGUACGACUGUCGGUAUACCACUGGUAGGAUACGACGGGAUAGCACUGGUAGGAUACGACGGGAUAGCACUGGUAGGAUACGACAGGAUACCACUGGUAGGAUACGACGGGAUAGCACUGGUAGGAUACGACGGGUUAACUCCUAUAGGAUACGACUGUAUAGCUCGUCUAUGGAAAGGUUCAGUGUUUUUUGUCACUAGCUCCUACAAAGCUAGGCGAAUCUUGAUCCGAUUCUAAACAAGGAUUAAAAAAUAUUCUCUUGGACAUGUGAACGUUCGUGAUUUUAGAAAUUGCAUCCAGAUAAUUUAAUCAAUUAUUUAAAAUUAAUUAUAUUUCUAUUUUUUUAAUGUGAAAGUUAAAUUUUAAUUUUAAAAAAAAAAUUAUUUUAAAAGAUUAAGCUCAGACUAUAGUUUUAUAAUUAAAGUGUUUUAAUGAAAUUAAUAAUAUCCAACUGUUCGUGGAAAUAGUGGAAUGAAAUCGUUGUGAGAGUAGCCAUUCAACUCUGGACACAACUGUUGUGUGAAUUUGCUGUGAUCUUAUUUCUUUAAAUGUUUGGAUAACCUCACAAGUUGGAUUACAUCUCCCGACCAGCAUGGCUAAGUUCCUUCUCAUCUUAUUGGCCCUCUGCCUGUCAGAGGCCAACGACUCCUUCUACUUCAACGUCCACCCCCAGAGCAAGUCCGUCAACGAGGGGCUGGAGACCAAACUCCUGUGUGACGUCAGCGACCGACGCAGCGUCAGCUUCAUGUGGGAGCAGAACGGCAAGCCGAUCGUGUACACGGCGCGGAAGUACCAGGAGGACAGCAACCUCCGCAUCCUGCGUGCCAUGCGGGAUGAGGACGAUGGCGUGUACAAGUGCGUGGCCACCAACACGACCUCGACCUUCAACAUCCAGAGCAACGAGGCCGCCAUUAAAGUCUUGUGGAUCGACAAAAAUGUGUCGGUCAGCAGCAAGCGGAGCCGGAACGAUGACCUAGUACUGGGGGACACGGUCACGCUCAAGUGUCACGCUUCAGGGAACCCGGAACCUGCGGUCAUCUGGUUCCACAACACGUUCAGGUUGAUCAACGUGGAUCGCAUCAGGCUAAGUGAACAGGGAUCGAAGCUCCGGAUUGCCAACAUAUCCGGACAAGACAACGGCGUCUACUCGUGCAAGUCCCAGAACACGGCGGGUGUGGUGACUAGUACAGAGAACUUCCUCCUCAAUGUCUACGUUGACGGCGCCCCUCACCUGAUAACGGACAAGUUCACCCAGUUCAAGCUGGCCCACAAGCACCAGGACGCCAGGCUGGACUGUCCGUUUGACGGCGCCACCAGGAUCGACUGGUUCGCCAACUACGAGAAGUUGUCCAACAGUUCCAGACACGUGGUCUACCCCAAUGGAUCCUUGUAUUUCCCCAAAGUGAGGGCGACCGACGAGGGCACCUACAGAUGUGAAGGGCUGAGUGCUAACGCGCAGACGGCUCAAACCUUCACGGCUGAGCUGGCUCUAGCUGAUCUUCAUGACAUCACGCCUCAAUCGUUCGAGCCACGCCUGAUGACGUCACAUCCCAUCGUGAUACCGGUGCAGGUGAGGAGCGAGGUCAAGGUCUUCCCGCCGGCCGGCCGGCCACAGCCAGACUACAGGUGGCUGGAUCGCAACGACCGUGUGAUAGGGACGAGCGGCAGGAUCCACUACAACGCCUUCACCAACCGUCUCGUGUUCGAAUCCCCGCAGGAAAUCGACUCUGGAAACUACACUUUUAUCGCCAACAAUUCGGCGGCCGAGAAGAAACAAAAUGUCUGGAUCAUCGUUUCCGUUCCCCCCAUCAUCAGCCGCAACCCCCUGUCCGCCACAGUGGCGGAGGAUGAGAAAAUCUCCUUCAACUGUCAAGUGGUGGGGACCCCCUACCCCGUCACCAGCAUCUUGUGGGCCAAGGACGGCGCCCUCCUGUCACUGGUCAACAAACGCUACCACGUCAACCCCCGGGAGGGCACCCUGAACAUCACUGACGUCAAGCCCAGCGACGAGGGCAACUACGCAUGCGUGGCCAACACCACUGGGCACGCCGUGCAAAGGUCAUCCAACGCCUACCUAAAGGUCACCAAAAAACUCAAGUUUUCUCCCCCACUGGACAGCGUCUACUACCUAGAACUCAACAAGCCGGCCAUACUCCCGUGCAAGGCUGAGGCGAUGACCGUCCCCCGGGUGUUCUGGACCCGCGGGGUGGACCCCAGCAAGAAACUGCCGGACCACAUGACGGACGACAACGGCAUGCUGUACGUGGACAAGGUCCAGCGGUCAGACGAGGGCAGGUACACGUGCGUGGCCUCCCAGAACAAGCAGACCAACAUCAGUGUCACGGUCACGGUCAAGGUCGUUGAAAAGCCAGUGUUUACCAUACGACCCCAAAAUUUGACGACGGCAUACGAGGGCCAGCCUAUGAUGCUGCACUGUGUGGCCGAGGGCGACCCCAAACCUAAGAUCACGUGGGAGAAGGAUAACAGAGUACUGUCACCUGCCGCGGCUGUUGCUGGAAUUGCCGCCACCAACAAAUAUACUCUUUACCCCAAUGGAACUUUGCUGUUAGAUAAGGUAUUGAUGGAGGACAAGGGACGCUAUGCAUGCACGGCCAACAACUCCGCUGGUGUCAUCCGAGCUGAGUUUAGUCUGAGGACUACACCGCCAGUGGAGGAGGACGAAGGUUUUGACAUGGCCAAAACUGUGACCAUCGCUGUAUGUAGUGCUGGAGCCUAUCUGGCACUGGUGAUUGGGCUCACAGCCUACUGCAGUUACCAUCUACUGAUGCAGAGGAAAAACAGGAAACAGCUUUUAAACACCAAAAAUCUGAAGCUGGGCACUGGAGAGUUCCACCACCACAGAGAACAGCAUGAGCUCCUGAUGAAAGACAGGGACUCAGGGCUGCAGUUCCGCAGUGACAGUGACAACCGCUCCCAUGUGUCAGGCAUGAGCUCGCACCCAUCCCACUCAUCAGCCUCGGCCUCCGCUGCGGCCACCCACAUCACAGCUUCAGCAGCUGCUCGUUGUCGCAGUGCCAGCCUCGACAAAUUUCACUUUCCCAGGCAGGAUUUGCAGACAUUAGGAAUUAUUGGUAAGGGUCAGUUUGGUGAUGUUUUCUUGGCCAAGGCCCGGGCCAUCCGUCCAAUAGAACCAGAGACGUUGGUGGUGGUCAAAUCCUUGCUGCUGAAAGGCGAGGCAAACAGCGUGGAGUUUCACAAUGAUAUGGAGAUGUAUGGAAAACUGGAGCACCCCAAUGUGGUUAGGCUGUUGGGUGUCUGUCGUGAGAUGGAGCCGUACUUCAUGAUUACUGAGUACUGUGAUUGGGGAGAUUUGAAACAAUUUCUGCUGGCAACACGUGGUGAUAAUGGCCGCCGACCAAUGCAAGCCAGAGUUCCUCCCCUUUCAUCACUUCAGAAGCUGAAGAUGUGUCAACAGGUUGCCAUGGGGAUGGAAUACCUUGCUGGGUACAAAUUUAUUCACAGAGACCUGGCUGCAAGAAAUGUCCUGCUGACUUCAAGAUUGGAUCUAAAGGUCUGCAGUCUGUCCUUGAGCAGAGAUGUGUACGUCAAUGAAUAUUUCCUUCACCCGGCCAAACAAACACUGGUACCUCUUCGGUGGCUGCCCCCAGAGGCCAUCCGCGACUCUGAAUUCUCUUUCCACACCGACAUCUGGUCGUACGGUAUUUUCAUGUGGGAGGUGUUCCACCUGUGUGACCUCCCAUACCGUCUCCAUAGCAACGACGACAUCUACAAAGCAAUCUGUGGCACCGGCACCACCACCAACACUAUACCACGUUUAGACUUUGCAGAGCAGUGCCCUAGUCAGAUGGUGGACAUAGUCCGACAGUGUUGCAUGAUGCCCCAGUCCAGUCGACCAACGUUUUCAGAUCUGGUGGUGACGUUGGGGCACAUAUUGACUAAUGGUGACUACGUUUAACUUAAAAAAAAAAAAAUGAAGCAACCUUCAACAGUGAUAAUGCCAAGUGUUAAUGGAAAAUUUUAUGUCCACAAACUUACAUGAGAAAAUCUGUAAUAACUGACUUAAUGUGAUCAAGCGCUAGGUUCAUGCAGUUUUAAACUGAGGACAAACUUGUUCUUACCUGCCAUAUGAGGCCCUACUUUCUACCAAGACUCUUAUGCCUGUAACACAAUUCCAUGACAAAAGAUGUGUUUAUAACUGAAGGAGAAACAGAAAGCAAAGCCCCAGAGCAGUGUCAACUUAUCCUUGUGUAUUAUUUUUCUUCAUGUAAGACAUUACAUGAAAAGGUAUUUAUUAGUUCUCAAAUCAAGAGAAUUGCUUCUAGAUGUAGCUUUUAUUAUUACAUAAUUAUGAUAUUAUUUUUUCACCACUGAACAGAGACUCUGGAACAAUUUAUUCAUGACUUGAGUUUCUGAACAUUGGGUUGUUCAGUAGAGCUAACCAUUGAGUUUCGACUGUUUUGUUAUAAUAAUUUAACAGAAAUGUUAUUAUGAUUUGUAUAUUUUCUGUUGUAAUUUAGCUUAUUAAUUACUGUGUGAAAGAAUAAGGUGAAUUUUUUUAUGGUUGGGACUCAAUUCUCUGAUUGGCCUUCAAGUAAAAUGAUGAAUGGGUUGUAAAUAAUUAUUCAUUAACAUUAUUUCAUGUUUAUUUCCAUUUUUUUCUAUAUCUCAUUUUGCCAUUAUUGUCAAUGGUUAACUACACUGUUGGUUCAUUUUUAUUGAUGUUUUAUUUUUAUUAAAGUUAUUUGCGCUCAUAGGUGUGUACAAAAAACCAUUUUUCUCACCAUGUAUGUGCAUGUUGUGAAUAAUGAUCAAUGAAAUAUUUUACAGUUGUUUCUCUAGAGUUGAAUAAUUGUGAUCUUUCAACCUUUAUAGCUGAGGCUAUUUUUUUUUCUUUUUUCUCAAAUCAUUUCAUGACGCUUGUUGUCUUUCUUCACAAACUUUUCUGCUUCAUGCACUUCCAUUCAAUUAAAGACAAAAGUUGUAAUGCGUGGAAGUAAUUAAAACUAUGAAAGUAGAGGUACUUCAAAUUGUGAAGAUAGACUGUAAUUCAGAAUGUGACCAUGACAAUGUAGUAUUGUGAUGUUUUUUGUGUUACCUUUCAUCUAGAAAUUGUUUCACUGCUCUGAUUUAAUGACAAUCAAAAAUUAUAGUCUUGUAUUUCAUCUUUAGAUAUCUAGUUGCUUGUGACAAAAUGCACAGGCAUAGCCGAGGUCUAUAGUUUGCUGCUAGAAAACUCAAUAAAAUAUUAAUUUUCUAUUGUAGGAUUAGUACAUAUUAUAGUCAUUUUUAAAUAUACAUUCAUUUUAAAAUUUAAUUUUUAAAACAAAGUGAUGCUCAUAGUUUUACUAGGAAUUAGUUUUUAGGUAAAAAGUGCAUGUUCAUAUAACUGAAAGAUUGGUUUUGUUAUGUUAAAAAAAUAAGGUAGUUUUAUUUAAACUAUCAAUUUUAAAACAAAUCUAAUUUAAAUGAGGGUAGUUUUUUUUUAGUUUUUACAUGGUUCAUUUGUAUUCUUUACAAUAUAGAGUAUUAUUUUAACUUGAUAAUUUACUAGCUGCAA